UCCCUCCUCUUCUGACCUGACGAACCCCUCACGUUAGGCACAAGGAAGCUCGCGCUCAUUCACAAAGUUCAUCCAUUCACCUCGAGCUCGAGGCUGCUCAGGAGGAGGAGGGGAUGCGGGUGCAGUGACGUCAAACAAACAGAUAACUUGCCAAACUCACUUCAGCACUGUUGAUUCCUCUCACCUUUCGACAUGGAGCCCCUCUUCUUGAACACCCCGGUGGCCGCCGUCAUCGUCCUGAGCGUCAUCAGCGCCGUGACCCUUCAGGACCCGCAGUCGGCCCGAGUGGACCCGCUGACGGUGCAGAGGACGAACCCCCAGUGUUGGGACUCGUCCUCGGCUCUGCUGCUGGAGACGUUCACCCCGAGGAUCGCGGACUCGGUGCCCUUGCUCUGGGACCUGAUGGUCUUCCUGCGGUCCUCGGAGAACCUCAAACACCGGGAGCUGUUCUGGAACCUGGCCGGCAUCUUCUGGGACAACUACGUGGAGUGCGUGACGUCACGGAGCCACGGCCUGGGCCGCAGACAUGUGACCUCCGCAGGCCUCAGCGCAGACAGUUCCUCCAGUCGCGGGUCAAACUCCUGGGCCAGAUUCAGGAUGAGAUGCCGACGUCUCAUCAAAGCAGUGAGGAGCAAGCCUGAACUCUACCCGCCGCAGCACAAAUAGCCCAUGUUUGUACAUCUCCAGGUGGACACUAGCAUCUCGUUGAAGCUGUCCUCAUUAUAUAU